AUGGCGGUUUUGUUGGAUUGUGAUCGUGGCAGCUUCAUAUCGCACAACAAGCUUGUAGAAAACUGGUACAGCAACUGCCAGCGCUCUGAACUGGGUGAUGUUAUUUCUUUGAAACUCAAAGACGCUUUAUUUGAUAUCAGAACUCCCAUGAGAAUGGACUCAGCUGCAGAGAAGCUGGCCGCGGGUACAGAGCGCAGGAAACGAAAGCGGCGAAGUUCAGAUGGUGCUCCUUUGACCGAUUUCGUUAAGUCUUGCAGCUGGAUAGCGGAGGCGAGUGACCAAAUCGUGCGGGUGGCCCUGGACGCGGGCCACCUAGAACCCGGGCCGGCCAGCGACCGAGAGGUGCUCGAAAACAACCGCGGAGCACGGGCUGCAGCCGCCGAUGUCCUGGCGGCCGCCUCUGUGGCCGGUGCCCGCCCGCCUUCGCCGAUGGGAGUCCGCUGCACGGUGCCACACGCCAGGCUCGUCCAGUUCCGUGGCCAACCAGUGUGGCUUCCCGCCAACGCGCGAGCGCAGAUCGGUGACGUACGCGACCUGGGACCGUUCCUCACAGGUUCAUACGACUUUGUCUUACUCGACCCGCCCUGGGAGAAUAAAUCGGCUCGGCGAAAGCGCGCGUACUCCACGCUCCCGCGCGACGAGCUGCUAUCGGCGCUGCCGCUGCCGCGACUCGCAUCCCCGCGAGGCUGCCUGGUGGCCGUGUGGUGCACCGCCAACGGGGGACACCUCCGGUUCGUGGCGCGCGAGCUGCUGCCGUCGUGGGGCCUGACGUACUUGGCUACGUGGUAUUGGGUGAAGGUACGCACGCCACGGCGUUCUUUCCGAGACGUGUGUGUGCGUAGACAUGUGUGUGCAGGUAACCAAGCACGGCGAGCCGGUUCGACCGUUCGACUGCCCGCACAAGAAACCCUACGAGUUCGUAGUAUUCGGCGGCCCGUCGUCGGUGUCCAUCCCUCGAGACAAGGUGUUCGUUUCGGUACCGUCCUGCGUGCACUCGCACAAGCCGCCACUUUCGGAGCUCGUGCGACCCUUCCUGAAAGACGACGCAAAGUGCAUGGAGGUGUUCGCCAGGUACCUCGUGCCUGGAUGGACAAGCGUCGGCAACGAGGCGCUCAAGUUGCAGCACGAAAGCAUUUACGAGCCUACAAGUUUAGAAUCGCCGCAUUCUUGAUGCUUGUGUCCAAAAAAUGCGACAAAGGGUUUGAUAUCUACCGCAAGAUUCCAAAAGACCUCACCCAGCCCACGGUAACUGGCGCCGUGAUAUCCAUCUUGAGUUGCUUCUUCAUCUCCAUCCUCUUCCUGUCCGAGUUCAUCUCGUACAUGUCACCUGAAUUGGUCAGUGAGCUCUAUGUUGACAACCCAAGCAGCGCGGAUAAGAUCCCAGUUUCGAUCAACAUCACACUCCUCAAGCUUGACUGCAAUGUGGUGGGCCUCGACAUUCAGGAUGACAUGGGCCGUCACGAAGUUGGUUUUGUGGAAAACACGGAGAAGACACCUGUAGGUUCUGGCUGUCGCUUUGAGGGAAAGUUCUUCAUACACAAGGUGCCAGGGAACUUUCACGUUUCUACUCAUGCGGCUGCAAAGCAGCCAGACAAGAUUGAUAUGACUCACAUCAUCCAUGACCUUACAUUUGGGGUCAAAAUGACUGAUGAGGUGCGCGGCAGCUUCAACUCCUUGGACGAAAUGGACAAGUCUGGAGCCAACGGUAUCGAAUCACACGACUAUGUCAUGAAGAUUGUUCCUACAGUGUACGAAAAGUCUAAAGGCGAGCGGAUAGAGUCCUACCAGUACACAUAUGCCUACAAGAGCUACGUGUCCAUCUCGCACUCGGGACGCAUCAUGCCUGCCAUCUGGUUUCGCUACGAUCUCACCCCCAUCACGGUCAAGUACACUCGUCGAGGCAUGCCCCUGUACAGCUUUCUUACUUCGGUCUGUGCCAUUGUUGGCGGGACGUUCACCGUGGCAGGCAUUGUGGAUUCCCUGGUCUUCACAGCAUCUGAAGUAUUCAGGAAGUUUGAAAUGGGCAAGCUCAGCUAGAGGCAUGCCUGGGACAAAGCCACAGCGGUGCCCUGAUGCUGCUGCUGCUGUCUUCCUUAACUGCUUGCUCUCAGCUACUCACUUGUGCCUGCACUCCGUAUAGGGAAAGGACCUACGAGAUGGCAGCCUCCAGGGAAUGUUAGGCAAUCGGGAUUGUUCUCUGCAUUCUGCUAAAAGCACUGCAAGAAAUUGAACUUUUCAUGCUGUAGGUGUACAGGCAUGAUUGGGUGCUGAGAAUGAGCAGUGGCCCGUGAGAUUUCCUUUCUAUUGCAGAGUGCAAGAACUCAUCAUGGUGCAAGGCUGGUGUGAUGAACAGCUGGUCUAGUGCCUGGAACUUGUCUGCUGUCGUGGUGAUGAGGGCACCACAGAGGCCUUUGGGUUGACUCGGUGGAGGGCUAUGCAAGUGCAAGAACAUUGAAGAGCUCCCCAGUGAGACUUUGAUGGAGUGUGAAUCUGGUCCUUUCUGGGCGACUAGAGAGACCAUGUUGUUUUUGUUAUUUUACCUCCAGCACAAGAAUACCACCUACUGCUCAUUCUAUGCAUUACUUUUGUCGUGGAACCCAGAGCAGGGAACAAGUCAUUUUGUGUGAAUGCUCUUGGAACUGAUGGUGGUUCUUUCAUUGUUGAAGACAUUUCUGUAUGUUUGUGCAUAUGUGCUUGGCAGGUUUUUGUACUAAAGUUGCUCAUGAUGCAAUUACUCUUCAUAUUUCCUGUUGUCAGUGUUCAGCUAUUGAGGGCACGGUCUUUUUUAAAUGUAUAUCAGUAUUUAGGCUACGAUGCUUUUUUUUAGUUGUCUUGUUUGUUUAGUCUUUUUUUAUAAAGUAUAGUCAAUAUAGAUGCAUUCUUCGCAUAACUGGAAGCUAAAUAAUAAACUUGCAUUAAGGUUUGGUUUUUCCAACCUUUCAAGCUAAAUGAUCUAACCUUGACCUACACAGGUCAAAAUGUUCAGCACGUCAUGUACUAUAAGCAUCCUUUGCUUUAUGUGUGCAAGGCAUUUAUAAGUUAAAAUUUCUCUGUGUGAUGCAAAUAAAUUGACUUCAAAAACUG